AUGGAUAGUUCCACUAAGCAUUUGCUAGAUCAGCUAAUUAAUAAGGUUGAACACAACCAUAACAAUGAGGCCGUAACCGACGAAUUGCAAGAAAUAUUAAAAGGAUCGCUGAGCGAAUUGACAUUUAAAAACAUUUGCCACCCACACAUUAACCCGGAGGACCACAUCACACUCAAUUCCUUAAACGAAAAGUCCGACAAGAAGAAGCGAAAGAAAAAGGAGACUCCGAAGGAGCGGGAACUAAUUAACGGAAAGGAGGACAUAAAGAAUUUGUUGUACAGCCACUUCCCCAAGUACCUAAAUAGCACGUUUCGCUUUAAAAUCGGGGAGCUGGCGUACCUGAAAUGGCACGAUGAAUUGUGUCUAGUGAUCGUCAACUACGCAUCACAAAAGUUGUUGGUGUCAUCAGAUAACGAUUUUGAUGAAAACAGUGAAAAUGACCAGGAUAAAAACGGACCGAUGGCACAGAUGGAAAGAAGAAACGUAUGGCUGUAUGAUAUAAACGAGGACUUAUUUUUGGAUAGCGAUAACCAUAAUUUAUACUCAAAAGUGAACCAAAUUAAGCCGAUAAACUUACAAGUGACUGACUACAAUUACUCGUUCUCGCCAGUUACAAGCUUGAACGCUAAGGAUAAGAGCGUGUUAAGGUACUAUUUCAUACCAAUGUAUUACGUGUGCUUCCCCGGAUACAAAAAGAGGUGCUCGAAGGUGUUCAGGUUCUGGGUGCAGGAAAAGGACCUCAUUAAGUUCAAAUCGAUUAAGUUCGCAACCUCAGGCUCGGUCUCAACGAAGAGUAACACAAUUAACACAAAAGAAUCUAAGGAGUCCAAGGACUCCAAAGACAAACAGUUGAAAGAAUAUGACGUAUGCGAAAAUAGCGCAGACGAGAAGGGUGAAAAGAAGGAGGAAAAGAGCGAAGAGCAGACGAAAAAGGGGGAGAUAAGCGUGAUCAAGGUCAAGGUGAAGGGCGACAAGCAGUGGAACAAGCGCACAAUCACGAACGUGAACGAGUACGUGUACGACGUGAUACACAACAUAUACAAUCGGGACCUCAUAUCAGGGAAGUACAUCACGAACGCAGACUUCUUCUCAAACGCCACGCCCUGGGCGGUGCCGAUGAAGAUAAAGAAGAUCGUGGUCAAGGAGCACAAGAAGGUCAUCUCAAACUGCAUCAACGUGAAGCUCAAGUUCAAGUACCGCAAGUCGAUCUUCUGCCUGAUACAGAACUUCAAGUACCUGCUGCUCAUCAUCGCCAAGUACAACAACCUGAGCACGUUCGGGGGCUCAGACGGGAAGGCGAAGGAGGACGCGGACAGGAAGAACGACCCGAAGGCUGCGGAGAAGGAUGCGAAGUGCCCGCUCUCGCAGAUGAAGAUCCCGAGUCUGGCCUCGCUGCGCUUCCUCGAGACGUGCGCGAGCGGCGGCUCUGCCAGGUUCACGGAUAACUACCUGAACAACUUCUACUGGCUCGACCUGCUGCUCGAGUGGAUCGACGCGCACUUCAUGAACUCCUGCUGCUACUCGAGGUGGGAGUACGGGCAGAUCAACUCGGUGCGGAAGUUGUACAACAAGCCGCUGACGAGACUGCUGUGUAAGUUCUUCUGCUUCGAGUACCUGUGCCGCGUGCUCUCCUUCGACGUCUUCUACGUGAACUUCCUGUCGAGGAUUAAGAAGAACGACCGCCUCUACACGUCCUACCUGCCGAUAAUCCAGCUCCUGCUGUAUUACAUGGCCUUCGUGGCGGACGAGUACACCAACUCGGGGCUCUACGGAAUCAAGACAGAGAUGUUUCAAAUGUGUACUGGGUUCGGUGCAAUUUGUAAAGCAGUAGAUACAGCGGACCACAUCUUCGGAUACUCAAGUAGAAAGAUCGAAAAGCAUUUAACAGACUAA